AUGAAACAACACCUAGCUUCCCUACCUGACAUUGCAGCUCCAGAAACGGGAGAAUUGACCUUGGUUUACCUUUCAGUUGCUGAAAAAGCAAUAAGUGCGGUCCUCACCAUCGAACGAGACAAAGUUCAGGUACCCGUUUAUUUCUUUAGCAAAACUCUAAAAUUGGCUGAAAUCAAAUAUCCUCCCCUGGAAAAACUUGUUCUAGCCCUAGUUCAAAAGGCUAGAAGGCUUCGAAGAUUAGCUAAGUGGGCAGUGGAACUAGGUGAACAUAACAUCACCUAUGUCCCAAGAAAAGCCAUCAAAGCCCAAGUCUUGGCUGAUUUCAUUGUAGAAGUCCCAAAGCAAACGAUCACUGAAGUAAACACAGCUACCACUGAACACUCAGACCUUGAAGCCUGGAAGCUUUUUAUCGAUGGGGCUUCGAGCAUUGAAGGGUCAGGGGCUGGGCUCAUUCUAAUCAACCCAGAAGGGUUAGAAUUCACGUAUGCUCUUCGCUUUGAUUUUCAGACCACCAAUAACGAAGCUGAAUACGAAGCACUGAUAGCCGGCUUAAGACUGGCUAAAGAAAUGAAGGUCCAGAAGCUUGAAGUGUUCACAGACUCGUUGCUGGUAUCAAGCCAAGUGAAUGAUAGCUACAUUGCAAAGGAGCCCAACAUGAAGAGGUACAAAGAAAAAUCCAAAGAAUUGAUGAACACCUUCCAAACAUGUACCAUCAAGCAAAUUCCCAGGUCUCAAAACAAAAAAGAGGAUGCCUUUAGUAAACUCGCGUCUCUCACUUUUUCCCACCUUACCAAAAAGGUAUUGGUAGAAGUAUUAAAAGCUCCGUCCAUUGAUAAGUUGGAAGUUCAAGACGCUGAAAGGGUUAAGAUCAAGGCAAGGCAGUACAUAUUGCAAGGUGAAAUCCUCUACAAGAAGGGUUACCUUCCACCCUUGCUAAGAUGUGUUGGUCCCGAGCAAAGCCAGUAUUUGGUCAACGAGGUUCAUGAAGGUAUAUGCGGAGCUCAUUUUGGAGCUAGAUUGGUGGUUGCCAAACUAAUGAACCUCGGGUACUUUUGGCCCUUAAUGCACCGAGAUACCACUGAGCAACUAAGGAAGUGUGAUGCCUGCCAAAUUUAUGCACCAGUCCCGAAGAGUCCCAAGCGUGAUCUUGUCCCGAUAACCUCAGCAUGGCCAUUUUAUAAAUGGGGGAUGAACAUUGUUGGUCCAUUCCCACCAGCCAAAGGCGGAGUAAAAUUCUUUUUGGUAGCCAUAGACUACUUCAUCAAGUGGUCUGAGGUUAAACCACUUGCAAAAAUCACGGGCAAACAGGUCAUUGACUUCGUUUGGGAAAACAUCAUUUGCCGUUAUAGAUUACCGGGAGUACUUGUCACCGACAAUGGAAAGCAAUUUGCUGAGAAGCCUUUCAACGUUUGGUGCAAAGAAUUCAGAAUUGCUCAGGUUUUUUACUCAGUGGCAUAUCCAAAGUCAAACGGUCAAGUUGAGAGGAUGAAUUGA